CCGCACUUGCGCCGGCAAUAGAAGCAAACAAUUUCACCAGACGUAUUACUCAUCUUUCCCUUAUCCUAAUGGAGAGGAGCUUUGAUCAGACAGCCAUGGCGCGCGGUCGAUUGGCCGUCCUCUCCUCCCAUCUCAUUGGGGCCGCGGCCGCCGACGGCUUCUCGGCGGUGCGGCGGGGAGGGCUCGCCUUCUCAUCUCCCGUUUCUGCGAAGGAGAUCGCUGGGCAGCCGGGGAAUCUCGCUGGUAAGCUAAUAGUGACCGAUUCGAGGACGGGGAAGCGGUAUGACCUAGAGAUUUCGGAGGAAGGAGCUGUUAAAGCGGUUGAUUUUAAAAAGAUAACAACUGGAAAAGAUGACAAGGGAGUUAAAAUCUAUGAUCCCGGAUAUCUUAAUACUGCUCCAGUGCGCUCAUCUGUCAGCUAUAUUGAUGGAGAUGAGGGCAUUCUUCGAUACAGAGGCUACCCCAUUGAGGAAUUAGCUGAGAAUAGCACAUUCCUUGAAGUAGCCUUUCUCUUAAUGUAUGGAAAUUUGCCUUCUAAAAGCCAGUUGGCGGACUGGGAGUUCACUAUUUCUCAGCACUCUGCUGUUCCUCAGGGUCUUUUGGAUAUUAUACAAACAAUGCCUCAUGAUGCACACCCAAUGGGUCUUCUUGUUAGUGCAAUGAGUACUCUCUCAGUGUUUCAUCCAGAUGCUAAUCCUGCCCUAAGGGGCCAAGAUCUUUAUACUUCAAAAGCAGUGAGGGACAAGCAGAUAGCAAGAAUACUUGGAAAGGUACCAACAAUUGCUGCAGCAGCCUACCUGAGAUUGGCCGGAAGGCCUCCGGUGCUCCCUUCCAGUAAUUUAUCAUAUUCGGAGAACUUCUUGUAUAUGCUGGAUUCUUUGGGUAACAGGUCUUAUAAACCUAACCCUAAGCUUGCUAAGGCCCUUGACAUUCUUUUUAUCCUCCAUGCAGAGCAUGAAAUGAACUGCUCUACGGCUGCUGCAAGGCAUCUUGCGUCAAGCGGUGUCGAUGUAUAUACUGCUCUAGCUGGAGCUGUAGGAGCUUUAUAUGGCCCUCUUCAUGGUGGAGCAAAUGAGGCCGUCCUUAAGAUGCUUAAUGAGAUUGGAACAGUUGAAAAUAUUCCAGAUUUCAUUGAUGGUGUGAAAAACAGGAGGAGAAAAAUGUCAGGGUUUGGGCAUCGAGUGUACAAAAACUAUGAUCCCCGUGCUAAGGUUAUCCGCACGUUGGCAGAGGAGGUCUUCUCAAUUGUUGGCCGUGACCCCCUUAUUGAGGUUGCUGUUGCAUUGGAAAAAGCUGCUUUAUCUGAUGAUUACUUUGUCAAGAGAAAGCUCUACCCAAACGUCGACUUUUAUUCUGGCUUGAUUUAUCGUGCUAUGGGAUUUCCGACGGAGUUCUUCCCUGUUUUAUUUGCUAUUCCACGAAUGGCUGGAUACUUGGCACACUGGAGAGAAUCACUUGAUGAUCCUGACACAAAGAUUAUGAGGCCGCAGCAGGUUUAUACUGGAGUAUGGCUUCGACAUUACCAGCCUGUGGAGGAAAGAGGCUUUUCUUCACCUGAAUCUGAAGAACACUGGCAGGUAUCCGUUUCAAAUGCCACAAGGAGGCGCCUUGCUGGUUUUGGUGUGUAGUUCCACAGCUUGACAUUAUGAAUAUUUAAAAUAAUGAAUAUUUUGCACCUAUAU